CAACAUGGCGGCAUCCAUGAGACUGCUGGUCCGCCGAGCGAUCCGUCUUUCUCACCGAAAUGUCACCGCGACCGCCGCCGGAGCUGCAGCUCGGUCCGGCUGCUGUCGGGGACCGUCGGUCUGUCGGUGUUUCAGCGAUGAAGCCGACAACAGAAGUACACAUUUUGGCUUCGAGACGGUUCCCGAGGCGGAGAAAGCGAAGAGAGUGUAUAAGGUGUUUGAGAACGUGGCGCAGAAGUAUGACGUUAUGAACGAUGCCAUGAGUCUGGGGAUUCAUCGACUGUGGAAGGACUCACUGCUGCACGUCAUGCACCCUCAGCCUGGAGCUCAGCUGCUGGACGUGGCGGGUGGAACAGGUGACAUUGCUUUCCGUUUCCUGGAGUAUGUUCGUUCUCAAGAAGAGCGGCAGAGGCGGCGGGCGGCGCGGUCCAGCCAGACGCCGUCGUGGCAGGACAUCUCCAACAACUACUCCACCGAGGAUGAGUCCCGAGAGUCCAGAGCUGUGGUGUGCGACAUCAACAAGGAGAUGCUGAAGAUGGGCAAGCAGAAAGCCGACAGUCUGGGUGUCAGUGCUGGUCUGAAUAGACAAAACCUGUAUGAUGCAUACAGUUUCCAGAUGAUCCCAGUUUUAGGAGAGGUGAUUGCAGGAGACUGGAAGUCCUAUCAGUAUUUGGUCGAGAGCAUCCGCAAGUUCCCAAGCCAGGAGGAAUUCAAAGACAUGAUUGAAGACGCAGGUUUCUACUGUGUGCAGUACUACAACCUGACUGGUGGAGUGGUGGCUCUUCACUCUGGUUUCAAGCUGUGAGAUGCACUCCCAAUGCCUCCUAUAAAAAAUCAGCAAGUAAAAAGACUCGCUCUGUGUUUUGGGCUUUUCAGCCUGUAUGAGAGACUGUUUGCAAACGUGAAGCCUCAGAGCUGCUCUCUGCGGAUGCCGCUGCACGAUGACAGAAAGUCAGAGGUCAGUUAUUUAUGACAUUAUCUGACCAGCGAUCUUCACAAAAAUUGCACUUGAUGUUGAAAUGAGUAGAAAAAAACCGGCAAAGUAAGAAGUGUUUUCACUGUAUCUGCUGUAAUAAUGUUAAAAGAGAAGACGAACUGUUUGAUUUGAGUUUUUUUGAAUAUUUUUUGUAACACCAGUGUUCCAGCAUUGUGAUAAUUAAACGUGCAAAUGCUAA